CCUUCCCUCUCUCGUUCUCUCCCCAAACCCCACCAUCACCACCCCCAACACCACCACCACGACGGCCGACGUCGACGGGGAUCAUAGGAGCCGCCACGACAAAGCUCUCUUCUCACCAAUGCCUGCCCAGAAGCGUUCCGUCUCCGAAAAUCUGGUCAGCGGCGGAGUCGACGACGAGGAGGAGGAGGAAAGAGACGAAGACUCUCUCCAUCAACACUUCCAUCGGAAGCAGCCGCGGCACCUCGAACCAGACCAAGUUCAGCCCCAAGAUCACCACCACCAACACCCACAGCUCCACCAAGAAGAGGAUUCCGAUGAAAACCCUUCCUCUAGCACUGAAGAAAAACCAGAAUUUGUCUUUGUAGGACUGCCAGACAUUCGUAAAGAUGUACAAUGUCCAAUAUGUCUUGGGAUCAUUAAGAAAACACGUACUGUAAUGGAAUGCUUGCACCGGUUUUGCAGGGAAUGCAUUGACAAAUCAAUGAGACUGGGGAAUAAUGAGUGUCCUGCUUGCCGCACACAUUGUGCCAGUCGACGUUCCCUGAGAGAUGAUCCAAACUAUGAUGCCCUAAUUGCAGCUUUAUAUCCAGAUAUUGAUAAGUAUGAAGAGGAGGAACUGGCUUUUCAUGAAGAGGAGCAGACUCGCAAUAAGCAGAUUCAAGCAUCAAUUGCUCAAAUUCUUCAAAGACAAUCAGAAGCGCUAAAUAGGAAACGCACACUGGGUAAAGAUAUAGCAGGUCCAUUUAUGACAAGAUCACAGCGCAAUUAUCGGAAUGCUUAUUCAAGGAGGAGGAAAAACGGUCGAGGUUCUGAUCUUCAAGGAUCUGAUGAUAAUGAGGAUGAGAAUGAUAAUGAUGGAGGCAAAGGUUCAUCUUCUGCUGAGGAGCGUUCUACAGAAGUCAAGCGGAGAAGGUACAAGAGACGGGCAGGAAUUCGACUCAUACAACCUUCUUCUUCUUCAGUAGCUAACUCAGAUGGUGGAUGCAUUGAAAAUGAUUUAGAAGUGAAUAGAGAAAGCCGAGGCUUUUCUCCUGGACUAGUGUGGAAUCCUGAAAUGCUUGCUUGGGGCAGGGGUGGUGCUCGGAGUCAUACACGACAUGGCAGUAGCAGUGGUUGCAAUCAUAAGAGUGCCCGGAGUACCCGCCUGUCCAAGUUGGUUGAUUAUCUUCGGAGCUUAGGGGAAAAUGAUAAUGAGUUAGAUGUUCAUCUCAUGCUUAUUUCUCUGGAUAAAGAAAGUACACCAAGUUUGCAGCAGCCAUAUCUUUGCUGCAGGCCAACCUUGUCAGUGAGACACCUCUGUGAAUAUGUUGCUCUCCAGACACCUUUGCGCGCGGAAGAAGUUGAAAUAUUGGUGGUGAAAGGGUGUCACGAUGACUAUCAGCCCUUCCCAAACCCUUCAACCUCAGUAGAUGAUCUGAAUCCCGACCCCAUAGUGAUUGAUCCAUCCAAAGAUGAGCUGCAAAUUUUGGAGGGGCAAGAAACUCUGGUGGGGCUUCAAGCCAAUGGCACUUCCUGUAGAAACCAGUUGGUCCUAGCAUAUCGGCAGAAGGGGGAUAGUUAGCCAUCAUCCAUAAUGUUACUUGUCUCAUUCAUCGAAAAUCCAACAAACCGGCAAUCUUAUAAUAUGGGGGAGGAAAUUAUAGAGGGGGCUCUGCAUAUGUUACAGAUGUACAUUAUAUACUUAAAACAGGGAUGACAUGAACAUUCAAGCCUCUUUUUAUGUUACUGAUGCACAUUGCACACUUGCCUUCUUAUAUUCAAGCUUAUGAGCUUUA